GGCCCGGCCCCGCCGCGCGGCGCUCGCAGCUCCAGAAGAGGCGCCGGGCGCUGCGGGAGCCGCAGGAUUACGGCGCGCUGCUGCCCGCGAAGGGCUCCGCCGGCGGCGCGGCCGGGCCCGCGGCAGGUUAAACCUUUAUCUUGGAAGACUAAAUGUACAGUUCAUCUGAGGCUGAAACAGAAUUACUAAAUUUUGGCAAAUGAAGAUGCUGCUGCUGUGGAAACAGCUGUUCCUGCUAUCAUUUGUUGGCUGUCUUGGAGAUCUUGAAAACUCCAGAACUAAAAUAAGAAGCACAGUGUCAGUUCGAGAGGGGCAGGGAGUUGUGCUGCUUUGUGGAACACCACCUCAUUCUGGAGAAUUGUCAUUUGCUUGGAUCUUCAAUGAGUAUCCAUCAUUUGUACAAGAGGACAGUCGGCGAUUUGUGUCUCAAGAGACUGGUCACCUCUAUAUAGCCAAAGUCGAACCAUCGGAUGUAGGAAACUACACCUGUGUUGUAACCAGCACUGUGACGAAUAGCAAAGUUCUUGGUUCACCAACUCCUCUAGUGCUUCGCACGGAUGGCGUGAUGGGAGAAUAUGAACCCAAAAUAGAAGUUCAGUUUCCUGAGACGCUUCCUGCAGCUAAAGGUUCAACUGUGAAGCUAGAAUGCUUUGCACUAGGAAACCCUGUGCCUCAGAUUAACUGGAGAAGAACCGAUGGUCUGCCAUUUCCACGUAAAAUAAAGCUAAGGAAAUCCAAUGGCAUGAUGGAAAUUCCUAAUUUCCAGCAAGAGGAUGCAGGACUAUAUGAAUGCAUUACUGAAAACUCAAGAGGAAAAAAUAUUGCAAGAGGCCGUCUCACUUACUAUGCAAAACCUCACUGGGUCCAGAUUAUAAAAGAUACUGAAGCUGCUGUAGAGGACACCUUGUACUGGGAUUGCAAAGCAAGCGGGAAGCCCAAACCAUCGUAUAGGUGGCUGAAGAAUGGAGACCAACUGUCAAUAGAGGGAAGGAUCCAAAUUGAAAAUGGUGCACUUACAAUAUCAAAUCUAAAUCUGACAGAUUCUGGCAUAUACCAGUGCAUAGCUGAAAAUAAACACGGUGUCAUCUAUUCAACUGCAGAGCUCAGAGUUGUAGCUUCUGCUCCAGAUUUUUCCAAGAAUCCAAUGAAGAAAAUGAUUCAGGUUCAAAUAGGCAGCACAGUUAAUUUUGAAUGCAAACCAAAAGCUUCCCCUAAGGCCAAAUGUUUGUGGAAGAAAGGAGGUGAGCAGCUACAAGGAAACGAAAGAAUCAUGUUAUUAAAUGAUGGAAGAUUAACAAUAGCCAAUGUGACUAAAGUUGAUGCUGGAAGCUACACUUGCCUGGCAGCAAACCAGUUUGGAACAGCUAGUGGCACAACAAUCUUAAUAGUUACAGAGCCAACAAGGAUUACUUUGGCACCUUCAAACAUGGAUGUCACUGUUGGAGAAAGUGUCGUCUUGCCUUGCCAAGUUCAGCAUGAUCCAAUACUAGACAUUAGCUUCACCUGGUAUUUUAAUGGCACACUCACUGAUUUCAAAAGAGAUGCUUCUCAUUUUGAGAAGGUUGGGGGGAGUGCAUCAGGUGACUUAAUGAUUAGAAACAUCCAGCUGAAACAUAGUGGAAAGUAUGUUUGUACGGUGAAGACAGAAGUGGAUAGUGUAUCUUCUGCAGCUGACCUUAUAGUACGAGGCUCACCUGGGCCCCCUGAACAUGUGAAAGUGGAUGAAAUAACUGAUACCACAGCUCAGAUCUCCUGGCAGGAAGGCACAGAUAAUCACAGCCCAGUAACCACUUACACCAUACAAGCCAGAACACCUUUUUCAGUUGGCUGGCAGAGAGUCACAACAGUUCCUGACAUGAUUGAUGGAAAAACAUUUACAACCACAGCAGUGGAUUUAAAUCCUUGGGUUGAAUAUGAAUUUCGUGUAGUUGCCAGUAACAAAAUUGGAGGUGGAGAACCUAGUUUACCCUCAGAAAAAGUAAGAACUGAAGAGGCAGUUCCUGAAAUUCCCCCAUCCGAAGUCAGUGGGGGUGGAGGCAGCAGGUCUGAACUGGUCAUAACAUGGGAUCCCAUUCCUGAAGAAUUACAAAAUGGAGAAGGAUUUGGAUAUGUUGUUGCUUUCCGCCCCUUUGGCACCACAACAUGGAUCCAGACUGUAGUCACAUCUCCUGAUACACCAAGAUAUGUCUUUAGAAAUGAAAGCAUCUUACCAUUUUCACCAUAUGAAGUCAAAGUUGGUGUAUAUAACAAUAAAGGAGAAGGGCCAUUCAGUUCGGUCACCACAGUUUUUUCAGCUGAAGAAGAGCCUACCAUAGCACCCUCUGGUGUAUCUGCAACCAGUCUGUCAUCCUCAGUCAUUGAAGUUUCCUGGAAUGCCAUUCCAUGGAAGAUGAGUAGUGGAAGGUUACUGGGUUAUGAGGUUAGGUACUGGAAUAACGGUGGAAAAGAAGAAUCUUCAAACAGAGUAAAAGCUGUAGGCAAUGAGACAUCAAUAAGAAUAACAGGUUUGAAGAGCAACUUAGCAUACUACACAGCUGUCCGUGCUUAUAACAGUGCUGGAGCAGGUCCGUUUAGUGCCACAGUAAAUGCUACCACAAAAAAGACACCACCCAGUCAACCACCAGGAAAUGUUGUAUGGAAUGUUACAGACUCCAAAGUAAUUCUCAACUGGGAGGAAGUAAGAGCUAUGGAGAAUGAAUCUGAGGUAACUGGAUAUAAGGUUUUUUACAGGACUAGCAGUCAGAAUAAUAUGAACGUGCUGAACACAGACAAGACAACAGCUGAACUUUUGCUCCAGUUUAAUGAAGAUUACAUUAUAGAAGUAAAAGCAACAACUGACGGUGGAGAUGGCACUAGCAGUGAUCAGAUCCUGAUUCCCAAACUGGCUAGUAUGGAUGCAAGAGGUUCUUGUCCAUCAGUCUUGAAUACCUUCAGUGUAUACAGCUUCUUGCCAACAGUAUUUUUCUUGAUCCUUAAUUCGGUGUUGUGA